AUGCGGACCAGCUCUCUUCCCCACUUCAACCCGCACGUCAAGUCUCAGUCCGGCACUUUGAACCUAUCUCCACAGACGCUAUUCAUUCGAAAUAAGUCUGGCCAGCCCAUCAAGCCGUCACUCAAGCAUGUCAAGCUCCCCAGUUUGUCAAUUCCAACGGGUAGCGGGGUUGUGCAGAGCGAACCCACGACGCCUACCCAUUCGAAGGCGGUACAUUUCGACGCCAAGCUCGAGCACGUAAAAUUGUUUCUCGCGAAGCAAAAGCCCCUAGCGGUGUCGCGAGAUCAUGACCCAGCUACCGAUACCAGCGGUACCGAGAGCGAUUUCCCUUCGUUCGUCCGUGGUUUACCGGACGACUCCGAGAAACAGAUCGAGCUCCAUAUUUGCAACAUGCCGUCCGUCCCGCCAGUGGGUGCGGACGUGAUCUUGCAAGGACUCACUUUGUCGCAAAACGACAAGACCGUCAUCGGAAGAGUCCGAGUGCGCAACAUCGCGUACGAAAAAUGGGUAGCUGCUCGGUUCACCCUGGAUUCGUGGCAGACGACGAGCGAGGUUACUGCCCACUAUGCGAAAUCUGUGGACGGUGGCAUGUUUGACAUCUUCACGUUCUCGAUAAAAUUGCAUGACAUGUGGUCGCGUAUCGAGGGGAAAUUCAUGUUUAUUGCCUUGCGGUAUUCUACCGCAGGUAGGCAGAUCUGGGACAACAACAGCGGUGCCGACUACAUGCUUAAGUUCGUCCGGAAACCUGUGGCACGGAAGUCACCCGCUGCGACAAAGUUUCGCAUGGAGGAUCCGGGUUCCAAAGUCGAGUCGGCGAGGGUGGAUAUAGGUCCUUCUCAGGCGUCUCCUUCACUGCGCUCUUCCCCGACAUUGACGCCAAAGGCGUCUUUGUCAGCGAGGUAUGAUCUAGGUUCUACGCUCAAGAUACCUCGAAGUGGGACCUUCCCUCUCCUUUCUUCUCCAGGUGCGCGGACCCCCACGUACCCUGCAGAGCUCUCCAGCUUUUCGUCAAAGCAUGCCCCUUCUCGCGUUGAUAAGAUACCACCACGCCAUACUCGAUCCAUUACUAUAGGGUCAUCUAGGGACCUGGAGAAGCGAGAGCAGGUGCACAUUGCGCAGUCAGAUUCUCUAAACCUUGACUCCCCCUUUUCAACUCCCCAGUCACGCGCAGCACAUGAGCGCAACCACCGUCGUGGCUAUUUCCAUCGACCAAUGGGUGGCACACCGCGUAAAACCCCUCCAGGUCCUGCUUUUUUGAGUCCGUUGGAAGAGCAGUCCUCUACUCGCAGCAGCGAUUCCAUGAGAGGACAACCUUCCCUCUUUCGCAGAUUUACUGCUCAAAAUAUGGGUCGGGUAGACAGCGCAAGCUCCACUGCGUCUGCAGCGUCCGACUCGAGCUCCCUAAAUACUCCGCUUACGUCUCCGGGGCCCAGUACACCCACUGUUUCCGAUGACAAGCCGUCUCUUAGCGAUAGCUAUAGCCAAUUUCUUAACCAAUUCUGCUUCUUCACAGGCUCUGGCUCACUGACGGACAAUUCCUCUGGUCCAAUCACCCGUUCACAAUCUGCUUCUGAUGUGGAAUCGUUCUUCUCUCACUCACCUCCUUACAAUCUUUCUUCUCCCUUGCGCUAUCCCACCUUCAACGGACCCCGCUCCUGCAGCUUGGAUAGCAUCAUUUCUUCUAACAGUGGCUCGACUACUCCACGCGGGACACCAAUGCUUGCGUCCGAGUUGUGA